UGAGCUCCACUCACAGUGGGAGGGUCAUAGGCCACACCCACUCAAGGCGCGGCUGCGCAGUUGUCAAACAGGCAGCCGAAGCACUACAAACAUUAAGCUCCCUGAUUCAGCCAGAAGGUCAGAGUCGUCUUCACUAAAAAUGUCAAAUAACAAGAUCCUGCCUCAGAUCCCCAGGCCUCCUAAACCUUCUUUGCCUGUACUAGUAUGUUCAAAGCUGAUUUUUUGCGCCUUGCCCAUCACUCAGAUCGCAUUAGGUGCUGCUCACUUAGACGACUGUCCGCGGCAGCACAACAUCCCCAUCUAUCUGAUCGUGUCGGGGGUCUUUGCUCUGGUGCUGGGGGUUCUGUCUUGUCUGCCCUGCACUCAAGAAUCUGAAGAGGGAAGAGCCCCCCCUCCACUGAGCUGCUUGUGCACAGUCUGGAACUCGCUGACGAGCUUCUUCCUCUUCUGCUGGUUCAUCGCCGGUAAUGUGUGGAUUUACUCCAUUUACGAGCCCGACUACAACAAGAACACGAACAGCACGGACUUGUACUGCGACAAAACACUCUACUUGUUUGCAUUCUGGACCACAACUCUAGUUUACAUCAUGGUUGGCGUCCUAAUGGUCAUCGGGUGUUGCUUCCUUCUCUGCUUCUGCCUCUGUGGCAAGGCUGACCCCGACGACAACGUCUAGAGGCUCUCUGGAGUCGCACACCUUGCUGAGUUGCUCGCUGUUCAGAAAUCUCCUUUUUGGUACUGGUUUCAGGAGACACUAAGUCUCCACCCCAUUCUGGGUCUUCGACCUUUCCAGAACAUGAAAUGUAAUAUUUUUUUUUAAUAUGUAGCUCCUCCUAUAUUAACUUUUGCUCAUUUUUGAGCUAAAAUAACUCAAAUUUGAUCAAAAAUAUGCAUUAAAACCCUGUUUAACAAUCAUGUUUUCCAAUUAAUAAAUGUUUAUUCUUCUGUUUGAUAUUUCAAAAAAAUAUUUGUUAGAAGAGGACAAACUUCAUUAAAGGUUGAAAUCAUUCAGAAAACAAUAAAAUAACUCUCUUUGUGAAAAAAAUCUCUGUUUUUUUCUGUUCUACAAUGCAAAAGGAUGAUUUAAAGCAUGAAUGAACCAUGAGGUAACACACAUAAAAUAAUAAAUUGAGAUUAAAAAUAAUCCCAAAAUUGGA